AUGACUUAUAUUCGAAGGGCCGGGCCGCGGCUUCUAGCAUGCCUACCUCUGUUCUCAAUUCUUGCACUGGGUGCCAGCAGCAUAACCACUGAAAGGGAGUGUCCGGUUUUCUUCGCGGGAUCGAGGUCAUGUGUGCCCAACGCUCCCCGGAAAUUCACCCCAGCAGGGUUUGCAAGAGAGACAAGUAAACAGGCGAGUGCUGAGCCAGAUCUCAAGGUUCUCGCAGAAGUUCUGGAAACGAUCGAUGUCAUGCAGAAUGAGUACUUUGCCGCAUGGUUAGGUACCUGGCCAGACUCAAUCGACUGGACCGGUGCGGUCAUGGGCACUCAUAUCUCGGGAGCAUUGCACACUUUCUCGCAGGCUUUGCCCUUGAUGGGCCCAUUGGCACAGGGUGUAGACGACUGGAAGUUGAAGGAGAACCUCAUCGAAAACUACUUUGCCCAGGUGGUCUCAUACUACUUUGGCGAGAAUGCAUUCGAGAUCAGAGGCGAGGCAUUCGACGAUAUCCUCUGGGUUGUUCUUGGUUGGCUUGAGGCUGUCAAGUUUGUCAACACGCACACGGAUCUUUACUACAAGCUACAGACCCAGAACGCGGCAUUGCAGACCGAUGGCGCGAUUGGGACUAUACUCGGAAACCAGAGUUGGCAUGGUAAUCUCUGGGUGCCUGCCUUCUCCCACCGGGCGCGUAUCUUUUGGGAUCUGGCCUCUCAUGGCUGGGACACGCAGUUGUGCGGUGGAGGUAUGACCUGGAACCCACGGCUUCUCCCAUACAAGAAUGCCAUCACCAACGAGCUAUUCAUUGCUGGAUCAAUAUCUAUGUACCUGUACUUCCCAGGAGAUGAUAAUAUGUCUCCUUUCUACAACAGGACGGACAAGUUGAAUCCCUCAGAUCCAGACGCCAGUGUUCACAUUGGCCCGCGGGAUCCCAAAUUCCUGAAGGCUGCGGUAGACGGGUACAAGUGGCUUGCUGGUUCUAACAUGACCAACACCCAAGGCCUGUUUACCGACGGCUUUCAUAUCAGUGGCUAUGCCAAUCCGGCCAGCAACAAUACACGGUGCGAUGAGCGAAACAACAUGGUCUUCACCUACAAUCAAGGCGUGCUGCUCUCUGGGCAGCGCGGCCUCUGGGAAGCAUCUGGGGCCGCAUCGUAUCUAGCAGAUGGUCACAAAUUGAUACAGAAUGUGAUCAAUGCAACUGGCUACGACCUGAUCGAGGAUCAACCUACUGAGGAUUACUCGACAUUGGCGCCAAGCGCAAUUCCGAAAUGGUUUGGGCUCGGACGUCUAGGGGUUAUGGAGGAUCAAUGUGACGCCAGCGGAACUUGCAGUCAAGAUUCACAGACCUUCAAGGGCAUUUUCUUCCACCAUCUCACCUAUUUCUGUGCACCUCUCCUCGCGCCCGUUCCCGAAGCUGGCUUAGACGUGGAUGUCAAGGCUUUUGACGCCGUCCAGCAAUCGCACGAGGAGGCGUGUGCAAGCUACGGCAACUGGCUGAAAUGGAACGCCGAGGCUGCCAUGGGCACGCGCGAUGCGAAAGGAAGAUUUGGUUCCUGGUGGACGGCGGGACUGUUGACCAACUUUACGGGAGUUUGGCCUACAGUGGCUGACGAUGGCAUCGACCACCAUUCCGCCGGGACGGACUAUCGAACCUAUGGGGUGCCCGAUGAUACCAUAUGGCGCGGUCCUUCGAAGGACAUCACCGAUCCGAGAGAGAAGUGGCCCAUCAAUGGCCCCUUCGGCGAAGAGCAGCGGCAGCAGAAGCCAGUCAGUGGUCCCACCAAGCACGCCCCGAUGGGAGAGUUGCGCAAACGGCAGGCACCGUCAAGUGACCCGAACAGGAGAGGUCGUGGUCGCACGGUUGAGACUCAAGGGAGCGGGUUGGCGCUGUUGAGGGCGUACUGGAAUAUUGCCCAAGCGAUGUAA